AUGGGUAUGAAAAUUGACACCACCACAUCAUCUAAGGCCAGGGCCACAUGGUCUGCUCAUAUUCAAGUGAGGAUGUCCAGUAAAGGUGGAAGGUCGGACCCUACUUGGGGUCACAGUGAGGAAGUAAUGGUAAAGGCAGAGGGUCAAAAAAAGGCAUACAAAUAUCUAAAAUGUAAGUAUUGUAGCAAAAUCAUUAAGGGAGGGGUUCAGAGAGUGAAACAGCAUCUUGCUUGUACACACCAAGAUGUAGAGCCUUGUCCUAAUGUUCCAAAAAUAGUGAAAGAGGAAAUGCUUCAGUUUUUGAAAGCAUUUCAGGCUACUAAAUUAGCUUCUCGAACAACCUUUGAAGAAAACGUAGCAAGUAGGGCAUACUACAACAGAGGUGGAAGUGUUGAUCCAUCAUUUACAACUGGUAGCUCUAGGGGUGUUAGAGGACCAAUAGAUAGAUGGAUGGUGGGUGGACAAGAGGAUGAAAUAGAUGGUCCAGGACCUAUAAAAAUUACCCCAUCCAAUACUAAAGAGCAUCGAAACCAAGUUUGUUUGGAUAUUGGGAGGUUCUUUUAUGAGAAUGGAAUCCCGUUCAAUGUAUCCAAUAGUCCAUCAUUUACUAAUAUGGUACAUUCUAUUGGAAACUAUGGACACGGAUUGAAAACCCCUUCAAUGCAUGAAUUAAUUACUUGGAUCCUUCAAGAAGAAGUCAAAACAACAACAACAAUGGUGGAUGACAUUAAAGCAACUUGGAAGACAACAGGGGUGUCAUUGUUAUCAGAUGUUGUUGAAGAGAUCGGGGAAGAUAUUGUUGUUCAAGUGGUGACCGACAAUGCUAGUGCAUACAAAGCUGCUGGAGCAUUGUUAAUGGAGAAGAGAAAAAACUUGUAUUGGACCCCGUGUGCAGCUCACUGCAUCGAUUUGAUGCUUGAAAAAAUCGGUGAUUUGGCUCAACAUAAAAAUGCUUUGCUUAAAGCAAAAAAGAUUAGCAAUUUCAUCUACAACCAUCAGUGGGUGUUAAGUUUAUCCCGGAAGAUUCUAAAGAAAGAUCUACUUCGACCGGCCGCCACGAGAUUCGCCAUGGCUUUUCUGACUAUACAAAGCAUUUAUGAAUCGAAACAAAACUUACAACAAAUGUUUGUUUCAAACGAAUGGGGGGCAUCUUCUUGGGCUAAGAAACCCGAUGAAAUUUGGGACAUUAUCGAUAAGAAAUGGGAGUUGCAAAUGCAUCGUGAUUUGCACGCUGCUGCCUACUACUUAAAUCCACAAUAUCGUUGGAGUCCCAAUGUUUCCGAGCAUCCGGAGAUUAAGUGA